UCCGCUGCUCAUAGAGGUCAGUGUGAACUAGUCCAGCUCAGAGGACGACUCGUACAGUACUGAUGAAAGUAGGGACUGCAGCUCGCUGUCUGACUCUGCAAAAGAAAUGUUCUCCUGAUGAGGUUGAAGAUGUCCCAUGAACUAAGAGGAAGGAUGGCGAUCACUCUGACCAAGACAUUUAACCUGAUCACAGGACUGCUUAUUGUUUUCCAGUUUCACCUGAGCUUCACGAAGCAGAAGUCAGUCUAUGGACUCUACCUUCCUGACUCACAGAGCCUGGCUCCUCCAGAGAGAAGGUCUUAUGUGGCCACAGAGAACAACCAGACCAGCGACAGGAGGUGGGCGUCCAGACCCAGGUCUGGGUCUCCUGGCUGGGCCACAGAUAAGAAGGGCCUCUACAGAGACCAGCACAAACCAGAUGAGUCCGAUCCAGACCUGCUGAUGGAGGAGAGACACGACAACUCUACACAGAUUGUGGACAUCGAUCACGCCUACUACACAUCUAAAAUCUACGUCUCAGGUGAGGCGGCCAGUAAAGAGCUGUGGGUGAACGUGGAUCAGAUGAAAGAGGAGGAGUGGAAGGUCUUUGGCACCCUUUCCAGCACCCACAGACAAGCCGAGAGAGUGAAUCUUUCCUUUGACUUCCCUUUCUACGGCCAUAUGCUGAAAGAAAUCACCGUGGCAACCGGAGGUUUUAUUUAUACCGGAGAUAUAAUCCACACACUGCUCACAGCGACGCAGUACAUCGCCCCUCUGAUGGCCAACUUUGACCCCAGUCUGUCCAAAAACUGCUCAGUGGUCUACUUUGACAAUGGGACUGCAUUGGUGGUUCAGUGGAACAAGAUUCACGUCCAGGACAACAUCAGUCUGGGAUCGUUCACCUUCCAGGCUGUUCUGCACAGCGACGGACGCAUCGUCUUUGCAUACAAAGAGAUUCCUGUAGACAUCAGUGAGAUCAGCAGCGAGAAUCAUCCUGUCAAAGUGGGUUUGUCGGAUGCUUUUGUGGUGCUUCAUGAGAUAGAGCAGAUCCCCAAUGUUCGGAGGAAAACCAUCUUUGAGUAUCACAAAGUCAACAUCCUAAAGUCCAAAAUCUCCAACUCCACAGCUGUGGAGAUUUUCCCUCUCCCCACAUGUCUGCAGUUCUCCACAUGUGGUGCAUGUGUCACCUCUCACAUCGGCUUCAACUGCAGCUGGUGCAGUCGGCUAGAAAGGUGCUCCAGCGGCUUUGAUCGUUUCCGUCAGGACUGGGUCGACCUCGGCUGCCCUGAGGAGAGAAAAGACCCCCAGUGUUUCCGACCGACAAACCUCACAAACGCUACAUCUCCUCACCUCACUCAUUCGACCACUCCGGCUACAACCACCACAAUGCAGCGGAGGACCUCCAGCGUGACCUCGACCCCCCACAGCAAGGCUCCCAGCGCCCCCAACCCCCCAUCACACGGACGUAUGAGCAGAAUCGAAUCCUCUCCUCAGACUCCUACCAGCAACCCGGCAGAAGAAGGAGCCCGAGAGAGCAUAGGAGAGAGCGAUGAACGUCUGCAGAUGGGUCUACUUGCGGGCAUCGUCAUGGCGAUGGUCAUCAUCGCAGCAGCUGUCCUCACAUCUGUUUACAUGUACAACAACCCGACAUCCAGCGCAAGUCUCUUCUUCAUGGAGCGGCGGCCCACCCGCUGGCCAAUCCUGAAGUUCAGGCGGGGCUCAGGUCACCCUUCAUACUCCGAGGUUGAGUCUCCGGACAAAGACAGCGCGGUGGUCAUCGACCCCAAACAGUCUUUUGUCAUGUCGGACAGAAGAGAGAGUGAACAGAAAGAAGGAUUCAUAGUUCCUGAUCAGAGGGAGCGCUUUCUGAUAUCAGAGAGAUCCUGACCAAAACUACUUUUCCCACAAAGCUUUGGGACGGAGCUGGUUCUCUUUGGGACAACGCAUUCCCUCCUUGACUUCUUGUUGUUCAGGUUCAUUUCAAGGACAGAAGCUGAGCAUUCAGAGGGGAAAACACCAGACCCACGAGGAGAUUAUAACUACAUAUUUUAUUUACAGUUUGGCUUCAUGUUUACAGUUUUGAGGUGAGCCAUUGGACUGUUUUAAAGAUGUUUCACCUACGCUCAGA